UUUGAGUGUCUGAAGCCGUUGGCUGCUCCUGAACCGUUUGGCUCUUUCUCCACUAGCAAACAGCCCCACAAUGUACCUCAAUCGCUCUUAAAUCUAUUUUUAAACGAUUUUAUUCCGCUCCACACCGAUGCGAACGGGACCGGACGCUUCUUUGGGAAUUUAUCUGACGAUCUGUCGCCUCAAAGCAGCUUUAUAACGCGUUGUUUGAGCACUAUUUGACAAAAUAGUCGAGGAGGAGGAAAUUCCACACAAGCAUUGAAAGGCAGUCCUCGCGCUCAUCCGGGUAUUUAAACUGUAGAGACUUCUUCGCUGCUAAGGGUUCACAUUGGAGCAAGACCUGAUCACAUGGUGCUGAGACACUUGGGUUGGAUCCUUAAAAAGCGUUUGCCUUGCGGAAAUAGAGCUGAUAGUGUGGCUUGUGUCCUGUGUGCUGACCUCAUGGUGUAAGCAGGUGUGAAGAUGAGUAUUAGCAGCGAUGAGGUCAACUUCCUGGUGUAUAGAUACCUGCAGGAGUCAGGGUUUUCCCACUCGGCCUUCACAUUCGGCAUUGAGAGCCACAUCAGUCAGUCUAACAUCAACGGCGCCCUAGUGCCCCCUGCUGCCCUGAUUUCCAUCAUCCAGAAGGGCCUGCAGUAUGUGGAGGCUGAAGUCAGCAUCAAUGAGGACGGCACACUGUUCGAUGGGCGGCCAAUUGAAUCUCUGUCAUUGAUUGACGCGGUGAUGCCCGAUGUCGUACAAACCCGGCAGCAGGCGUACAGAGACAAACUGGCCCAGCAACAGGCCGCCGCAGCGCCCUCUGCAACCAGCGCCAACAUGCAGGGUAACGCCAAAAAUGGAGAGAACACCGCAAAUGGAGAGGAGAACGGUGCACACGCCUUACCUAAUAACCAUGCAGACAUGAUGGAGGUGGACGUGGAUGUGGAGAUCCCUCAGAAUAAAGCCAUGGUCCUGAGAGGUCACGAGUCAGAGGUCUUCAUCUGCGCCUGGAACCCCGUCAGUGACCUGCUCGCCUCCGGGUCUGGAGACUCAACAGCACGUAUCUGGAAUCUGAGCGAGAACAGCAGUAGUAGCUCUACACAGCUCGUCCUGAGGCACUGCAUACGGGAAGGUGGCCAAGAUGUGCCCAGCAACAAAGACGUCACGUCGUUAGACUGGAACAGUGAAGGUACACUAUUAGCGACAGGCUCCUAUGAUGGCUUUGCAAGAAUAUGGACUAAAGAUGGUAAUCUGGCCAGUACCCUGGGGCAACAUAAAGGUCCAAUUUUCGCAUUAAAAUGGAACAAAAAAGGGAACUUUAUCCUCAGCGCCGGUGUUGAUAAGACAACAAUCAUUUGGGAUGCUCACACAGGGGAAGCCAAACAGCAGUUCCCGUUUCAUUCAGCACCCGCUUUGGACGUAGACUGGCAGAGUAACAACACGUUUGCCUCUUGUAGCACAGACAUGUGCAUCCAUGUGUGCAAACUGGGUCAGGACCGACCCAUUAAGACAUUCCAAGGACACACAAAUGAAGUUAAUGCAAUCAAAUGGGAUCCGACUGGCAACCUGCUGGCGUCGUGUUCUGAUGAUAUGACUCUGAAGAUCUGGAGUAUGAAACAGGACACUUGUGUUCAUGAUUUGCAAGCGCAUAGCAAAGAAAUCUACACUAUCAAAUGGAGCCCCACAGGUCCAGGAACCAACAACCCCAAUGCCAAUCUAAUGCUGGCCAGUGCUUCCUUUGACUCCACUGUUCGGCUUUGGGACGUAGAUCGAGGCAUCUGCAUCCACACACUAACCAAACACCAGGAGCCCGUGUACAGCGUGGCCUUUAGCCCUGAUGGACGCCAUCUAGCCAGCGGCUCCUUCGACAAGUGUGUCCACAUCUGGAACACACAGACUGGUGCUUUAGUCCAUAGCUACAGAGGGACAGGGGGCAUUUUUGAAGUUUGCUGGAAUGCAGCAGGAGACAAAGUAGGAGCAAGUGCGUCGGACGGCUCUGUUUGUGUAUUAGAUCUGCGGAAAUAGCGUUGCUUGCUGGAAGCCAUGGACCGACUAUGAAUGUGUACAUAGCCAAAAUGACUGUCCCUGACCCUCAAACUGCUACAGUCCCUAGUGAACCAUGGCCAGCCACUACAGACAAACACAAGCACCCUGACGCCACAGGCCGAGCGCAGAGGACGUGAUUCCAACCAGAGACACUCAAAUGACUUUUGUAAGGUGGAAAAAAAAAAAACAAAAAAAAAAAACAAUAUAGCAGAGGAAGAAGAAAGACAAGAGGACUGGUGUAUGUACCAAAUUUGGAAGAUAUUUUACUAUUUGUUCUUCAAAACGAAUCUCAUCAAAAUAAACAAACGAAAGGAUUUUAA